GGGCGGCCGGCCCGGGGCCCGGACAUAAGAUGGCGGCGGCGUUGCUGGGGAGGCGGCGGCGGCGACGGUUGCGGUUGCGGCCGUGCGGGCUGUCGCGGAGCGCGGGCGGCGCGCGGCUCUGCCCGGGCUCCCAGGGCGGAUAGAGCGGGGCCGGCUCGGCGGAGCGGGGCUGCCAUGGGCUCCCAGGUGCUGCAGAUCCUGCGCCAGGGCGUGUGGGCGGCGCUGAGCGGCGGCUGGUACCAGGACCCGCACCAGGGCGCCGGGGUCAACGCACUACACCUCUACCUGUGGCUCUUCCUGCUCGGCUUCCCCUUCACCCUCUACAUGGCCCUUCCUUCUUCCAUGAUGAUAGUAGCUGUCUACUGCCCAGUAAUAGCAGCACUCUUUAUCGUUUUGAAGAUGGUGAACUACCGUUUGCACAGGGCACUGGAUGAGGGAGAAAUUGUGGAGAGGAAUGCCAAUGAGCGUUUGGACAGGGGUGCAAAAACAGAACAAAGCAGUGUUUCAGCCAAGAGGAAAGACAGCAAUGGACCCAGUGACCCUGGUGGAGGAAUUGAGAUGUCAGAGUUCAUUCGAGAAGCCACUCCCCCUGUUGGCUGUAGUUCACGCAAUUCUUAUGCUGGAAUAGAUCCAAACAAUCAGGUUGGAUCUGGAUUAUCUCGUCUGGGAACAGCAGCAACAAUCAAAGGAGAUACUGACACUGCCAAGACCUCUGAUGAUAUCAGUUUAAGUCUUGGACAGAGUUCUAGCCUAUGUAAAGAAGGGAGUGAAGAACAAGAUUUGGCAACUGAUCGGAAGCUUUUUCGUCUGGUGUCGAAUGACUCGUUUGUCUCCAUCCAGCCUUCACUAUCCUCUGGACAAGAUUUGCCACGAGACAACAGUGACAAAGUGUGCCUCUCGAACAAUCAGCUUGUGGACCAGUCUAAAACUAGUGCGUGUGACACAGAAGUAGCUUCGCUUAUAACUCUGCAUUCUCACUCCUAUAGAAAGGAUCACAGACCACGAGGUGUACCAAGGACUUCUAGCUCUGCUGUCGCUUUUCCAGAUGCUUCACUGAAUGACUUCCCUCUUUAUCAACAAAGACGAGGACUAGAUACUGUCAGUGAGUUAGAAGCUUCUAAGCCCCCUUCUGGAUCCAGAGAGUCCUUGGCUGAGAACUCUUGCAUUUCAGGAGUUUUUCAGUUGGAUGACAUUCUGAAAAGUAGCAGCCCUCAACCACUGGCUAAGAGUGGGAAGAGCAAAUCCUUGAAAGCAGACAAAAGCGUGGACAGUCUGAGAAGCCUGAGUACUAGAAGCAGUGGUUCAACAGAAAGCUACUGCAGUGGGACUGAUCGUGACACUAAUAGUACCAUCAGUAGCUAUAAAAGUGAACAUACUAGCUCUACGCAUAUAGAAAGUGUGCUGUCAGAGCAUGAGGAGGAGUCUCCUAGAGAAGAGAAAAAGGAUGGUAAGAAAAAAGACUGUGGUGUUGACUCAGAGGAUGACAGUAGUUCUACUACUGACAAAAGGACUAGUAGUGAAAGGACUGCUGUGGAAGUGAGCUCUAUUAGUGGUGUUCAAGAGGUAAAAGGUUCUAAUGCAUCCAAUGAGAUGCACAGUCAGAAGGGUCUUAGUGCCUCUGCUUCAGAAGAGGCCAAUAAGAACCCACAUGCCAAUGAACUGACUACACAAGCUGACAGGCCACCUGGGAAGGCUGCUGAACAAAGAGAUGAGCAGAGUGAGAAACUAGUUUUGUUAGUAGAUUCAAGAGCUUCUAAAGAAACUAGUGGAAAACAAAAAGAAGGAGAUGUUCGACCCAAAUCUUCUAGCUUAAUACAUCGAACAGCCUCUACCCACAAGCCCAGCCGGAGACGGACAGGAAAAAAGCGGGCUAGUAGUUUUGAUUCAAGUCGGCACAGGGAAUAUGUUUCCUUCCGAGGUGUAUCUGGUACUAAACCCCACAGUGCCGUGUUUUGUCAUGAUGAGGACUCCAGUGAUCAAAGUGACUUAAGCAGGACGUCAAGUAUGCAGUCAGCUCAUCAGUUCAGCAGUGAUAGCUCUUCCAGCACCACAUCCCAUUCAUGCCAGUCUCCUGAGGGAAAGUACAGUGCUUUAAAGACCAAAUAUGUUUCUAAAGAACGUGGGGGCACAGACUCUGAAAAUAUUCAUAAAACCCACGUGAGCUCUGAAGGAAUUAGCAAAAAACGAUCUACACGUCGGACUUCUAGCACAAACAGUGCCAAGAAUCGUGCCAGAGUACUAAGCCUGGACAGUGGUACUGUAGCUUGCUUAAAUGAUCCAAAUAGUUUAAUGACACCAGGUAACAUAAAACAGUUAACCACUUCAAAAUCUGAUUUGGAAGCCAAAGAGGGAGAGGUGCUAGAUGAGCUAUCUCUGCUGGGAAGGGCUUCACAUUUAGAGUCAGUCACUCGUUCUAGGAAUAGCUUACCAAGCCAGGCUACGUUUCCUGAAGGGGAAGAGCAAGAAUCAGCAAGUGGAGCAGCACAAGCCAGCGAGGAGACUGUCACAUUUCGACGUGAACGCAGCACAUUUAGGCGUCAGGCAGUACGACGCCGGCACAAUGCAGGGAGUAACCCUACCCCUCCUACAUUGCUCAUCGGAUCACCCCUCAGCCUUCAAGAUGGUCAGCAAGGCCAGCAGUCCUCCUCCCAGGCCAAAGUGCAGUCCCGCUCCCCCUCCCAGGCAGCUGUGCUCAGCGCUAGCACCUCCUUGCUGGUGAGAAAUGGGAGUGUCCACUUAGAAGCAUCACAUGCCACUGCAUCUGCUGUAGGCGGUAGCAGUUUGCACGAUGGACUUGGUAAGUUCAGUUCUACGCUCUACGAGACAGGGGGCUGCGACAUGUCACUUGUGAACUUUGAGCCAGCUGCAAGAAGAGCAUCUAACAUCUGUGACACGGACUCUCACGUAUCGAGUUCUACCUCAGUUCACUUUUACCCACAUGAUCUACUUUCUCUUCCCCAGAUCAGGUUGAACAGGCUGCUAACCAUAGAUACAGAUCUACUGGAGCAGCAAGAUAUUGACCUGAGCCCUGACCUACAGGACCACUUGCAACCUCAAGAGGAAGCAGCUCAAAAAGUCAAGCAGUACUACCGUUUUUGGAUACUGCCUAAGCUUUGGAUUAGCAUAAAUUUUGAUAGAUUAACUCUUCUGGCUUUAUUUGAUAGGAAUCGUGAGAUCCUUGAAAAUGUAUUAGCUGUCAUCCUAGCUAUUCUAGUUGCAUUUCUGGGCUCUGUACUUCUUAUUGAGGGCUUUUUCAAGGAUAUCUGGGUCUUCCAGUUCUGCCUGGUUAUAGCCAGUUGCCAGUACUCACUGUUGAAGAGCGUUCAACCAGAUUCUUCUUCCCCUCGACAUGGUCACAAUCGUAUCAUAGCCUAUAGUAGGCCUGUAUAUUUCUGUUUAUGUUGUGGUCUUAUUUGGCUGUUGGAUUAUGGCAGCAGAAACAUAUCUACAACGAGAUUCAAGUUGUAUGGAAUGGCUUUCACCAACCCAUUGCUGCUGCUGUCAGCCAGGGACUUAGUUAUAGUGUUUACACUAUGCUUCCCCAUAGUAUUCUUCAUUGGUCUCCUGCCUCAGGUGAACACAUUUGUGAUGUAUCUCUGUGAACAGCUGGAUAUUCAUGUCUUUGGUGGCAAUGCUACCACAAGCCUGCUUGCAGCACUUUACAGUUUCAUCUGUAGUAUUGUGGCAGUAGCGUUGUUGUAUGGACUGUGCUAUGGUGCCCUGAAGGAUUCUUGGGAUGGGCAGCAUAUUCCAGUUCUCUUCUCCAUAUUUUGUGGUUUGUUAGUGGCAAUGUCAUAUCAUCUCAGCAGACAAAGUAGUGACCCUUCUGUGCUUUUCUCUUUAGUGCAAUCAAAAUUUUUUCCUAAUUCUGAAGACAAAAACCCUGAGGAUCCUCUGUCUGAAGUGAAAGACCCUCUACCUGAAAAGCUUAGAAAUUCUGUGAGUGAACGAUUGCAGUCUGACCUGAUUGUGUGUAUAGUCAUUGGUGUACUCUAUUUUGCAAUUCACGUCAGUACAGUAUUUACAGUUCUACAGCCUAUUUUAAGUUAUGUUCUCUAUGCAUUGGUGGGUACGGUAGGCUUUGUGACCCAUUACGUUCUGCCUCAACUCCGAAAGCAACUUCCUUGGCAUUGCUUUUCUCACCCGCUGCUGAAAACCAAGGAAUACUAUCAGUUUGAAGUCCGAAAUGCUGCGCAUGUUAUGUGGUUUGAGAAGCUUCACAUUUGGCUCCUUUUUAUAGAGAAGAAUGUUAUCUAUCCACUGAUAGUCCUCAAUGAGCUUAGUAGCAGUGCUAAGAGUAUUGCUAGUCCAAAGAAACUGGAUACUGAGUUGGGUGCUUUAAUGAUCACAAUAGCUGGCUUGAAGUUACUGCGUUCAUCAUUCAGUAGCCCAACGUGCCAGUACGUCACUGUUAUUUUCACAGUGCUCUUCUUUACUUUUGAUUACAAAAGUUUUACUGAGACCAUGCUGCUAGAUCUCUUCUUCAUGUCCAUACUCUUCAGCAAGCUUUGGGAACUCUUUUAUAAGUUGAGAUUUGUAUAUACCUACAUUGCUCCCUGGCAGAUAACAUGGGGAUCUGCUUUCCAUGCUUUUGCCCAACCCUUUGCUGUGCCACAUUCUGCAAUGUUAUUUGUCCAAGCAGCUGUGUCAGCAUUCUUCUCUACUCCACUGAAUCCUUUCCUGGGAAGUGCAAUAUUUAUCACUUCUUAUGCCAGACCUGUCAAAUUCUGGGAAAGAGACUACAACACAAAGCGUGUGGAUCAUUCAAAUACAAGAUUGGCUUCGCAGCUUGAUCGAAAUCCAGGUUCAGAUGAUAACAAUCUGAAUUCAAUCUUCUAUGAACAUUUAACCCGUUCCCUUCAGCAUAGCCUAUGUGGAGAUUUGUUGUUGGGUCGAUGGGGAAACUACAGUACUGGGGACUGCUUCAUUCUUGCCUCUGACUACCUCAAUGCACUAGUACACCUUAUAGAGAUAGGAAACGGCUUAGUCACCUUCCAGCUGAGAGGACUUGAAUUCAGAGGAACUUAUUGUCAGCAAAGAGAAGUAGAGGCCAUCACUGAAGGCGUAGAGGAGGAUGAAGGUUUCUGUUGCUGUGAACCUGGUCACCUUCCUCAUAUGCUUUCCUUUAAUGCUGCAUUUGGGCAGCGUUGGCUGGCUUGGGAAGUGCUUGUGACAAAGUAUGUUCUGGAGGGUUAUAGUAUCACAGACAACAGUGCGGCAUCCAUGCUGCAAGUCUUUGAUCUCCGGAAAAUUCUCACCACUUACUAUGUGAAGGGGAUCAUCUAUUAUGUCACAACUUCCCCCAAGUUAGAAGAGUGGUUAGCUAAUGAGACAAUGCAGGAAGGACUGCGGUUGUGCACAGACCGCAAUUAUGUUGAUGUAGACCCAACAUUUAACCCCAAUAUUGAUGAAGAUUAUGACCAUCGUCUAGCAGGAAUCUCAAGAGAGAGUUUCUGCAUGAUUUAUUUGAACUGGAUAGAAUAUUGCUGCUCUCGAAGAGAAAAGCCACUGGAUUCAAGUAAAGACUCACCGCUGGUUACACUGUGUUAUGGGCUUUGUGUUCUGGGGCGGAGAGCUUUGGGAACAGCUUCGCAUCAUAUGUCUAGUAAUCUGGAAUCCUUCUUGUAUGGCUUGCAUGCCCUUUUUAAGGGCGACUUCCGUAUAUCUUCAAUUAGGGAUGAAUGGAUCUUUGCUGACAUGGAAUUGCUGAGGAAAGUAGUGGUUCCUGGAAUACGAAUGUCACUUAAACUACAUCAGGAUCACUUCACUUCUCCAGAUGAAUACGAUGAUCCUUCUGUUCUCUAUGAAGCCAUAACAACUCAUGAAGAAAAUCUAGUUAUAGCACAUGAAGGGGACCCUGCUUGGCGGAGUGCUGUUCUUUCCAAUUCUCCUUCCCUCCUUGCUCUGCGUCAUGUGAUGGAUGAUGGUACCAACGAAUACAAAAUUAUUAUGCUGAAUAAACGCUAUCUCAGUUUCAGGGUCAUUAAGGUGAAUAAGGAGUGUGUGCGUGGCCUGUGGGCAGGGCAACAACAGGAGCUUGUCUUCCUGCGUAAUCGCAAUCCAGAAAGAGGAAGUAUCCAAAAUGCAAAACAAGCUCUGAGGAACAUGAUCAACUCCUCCUGUGACCAGCCAAUUGGUUACCCAAUCUAUGUCUCACCUUUGACUACAUCCUAUUCAGAUAGUCAUGAACAGCUUAAGGAGAUUCUUGGAGGAGCUAUCAGCUUAGGGAAUAUCAGAAACUUCAUAGUGUCUACGUGGCAUAGACUAAGGAAAGGUUGUGGAGCUGGCUGUAACAGUGGUGGAAAUAUUGAAGAUUCUGAUGCUGGAGGUGGGGCUUCUUGCACAAGUAACAAUGCCACUAUCAAUGAGUCGCAGAGCAGCGUGUCGCAAGGAGGAGUGAAUGCACCUACAGGGCAGGGACCUGGAGCAGUACAGCACCCUCCUGUGGCACCUCAUCCCGGGGCUCAUCCCACUGCUCUUCCUGCAGCUCAUCCACCAGCUCAUCCAUCCACUCUGGGCACCAGUCACAGCUCUCACUCUGUGCAGUCGAGCCUUGUCAGACAUUCCCCUGCCCGUGCCUCAGUAGCUAGCCAUUCAUCUUAUUGCUACGGCAGUCGUCAUUCAUCUCUUCGCACAUCCACAACAGGCUUUGUGCCUUGUCGGCGCUCUUCCACCAGUCAGAUAUCCCUUCGUAACCUCCCAUCAUCCAUCCAGUCCCGCCUAUCUAUGGUGAACCAAAUGGAACCUACUGGCCAGUCUGGAGUCAGCAUGCAGCAUGGUCUGCCCUCUUCCAGCAGCUCCAGCCAAAGCAUCCCAGCCUGUAAACAGCAUGCCCUUGUGGGCUUUCUAGGGACAGAAGGAGGGAGUAAUGCAGCUGAAACUCAGUCAGCUGGUAAUGCAAGCCCUGCAAAUCAAAUGCAAGCCAAAAAGGAUGACGUUAUUUACAGAAUCCAGUUAAUGGAUCCCAGUCAAGUACUGGAAGGGAUCAACGUGUCAAAAAGGAAAGAGCUGCAGUGGCCAGAUGAGGUGAUACGGCUAAAAGCUGGAAGAAACAGCUGGAAAGACUGGAGUCCUCAGGAAGGCAUGGAAGGCCAUGUGAUUCACCGCUGGGUGCCUUGCAGCAGAGAUCCAAGUAGUCGGUCCCACAUAGACAAGACCAUCCUGCUGGUUCAAAUUGAAGAUAAAUACGUUGCUGUUGUUGAAACUGGAGUCCUUGAACUUGGGGCUGAAGUGUAAAUCUCUGAGACUUAAACUUCCCCUUCUCCAACAAUUCAGAAGAGAGAAGGGUCCAGAAGCAGCAGCUCCCAGGACAUAAAACUUUGGUCCAGUUGUAGGAGAGGACUUGAAACAGAUUUGUCUAAGUCCUUUUCCCCAAAUAAACAAAUGUAAGAAAUUUUUAAGUUGUUAGCUGCUGAAGAAACAUUUGCAUGAAGGAUAGAUUUGUUGAGACAUAUCUUUUUGUUUAUAAAUUUUGUUUAUGCAUUGUGUAAUGCUUUAAAUCAACAAACGUUUCAGUUCUAAGAUCAGAGCACCUCAUAUUUUUCUAAUUGUUUUUGCCAAAAAUUGCCAUGUCUUGUCACAGAGUGUGUGGAAUUCAUCCACCUUAUUUUAAAGAAAUUGACUACAGACAUUCAGUUUGGUGAAACACAGUGUAAAGGUUUCAGGAGUGGCAAGAAGAGACUGAACAGAUGUAUAGAUUCUUAUUCCUUAUGAGCUAAAACAUUAAUGAGAACUGCACUAAUUUUUUACAGCAAUGCACUAAAAACAACCCUGAGAUUGCUGAGAACAUUUAUUUAUAUAUAUAAAUAUAAGUAUAUAAAAUACCAUUAUUUAAAUUGCCUUUGGGAUUAAUCCCCUCCUUCUCCAUAUACAUGUUGAUGGUAAGGGCUGUGCCAUGGGUUUGGUUCUAUGUUCUGUAUUUCGUACAAGUGCAUUUGCUGCAUCCUCUUCACAAUAAAUGGUAAAAUAAGAAAUAUCUAGACAUGUACCUGAGUAUCCCUGUACUACAUCAGAAUCUAUUGUGGCAGUGGUACCUCAAAUCUAUACAAUACAUCCAGCUUUAAAAGUGGACCCGAGUACACUAUCUUCCAUCUGUUUUCCCUUAGCUAGCUUAAGCUACCUUGCUUCUUUAUGCCCAGAACUGACUAUGUUGUUUCAUUGGCUCUUCUCUGGCAGAUAGUUGAGUUCUGUAGGGGAGAUACUUGAAGGUUUUUUUAUUCUAUCCAAUUAAAAAUAUUAAAAAAAAAAAUAAAAAAAACAACAACUUUUAAAAGGCUUUUAUAGAAGGCACAGCCCUAAACUUGUAUCACUUCUUCUGCCACCUUGCCUUUUCUUUCCCUUUAGUCUUCAUUCUUUUCUAUGACUUGAAUUUUAUUUUCUGUGAUUAUACAUUCUAUGUAAGUGUAAUUUGAGUAUUUAUAACUGUGAAGUUGAAUUAUUCAUGUGUUACAUAUCCUAGGUUUUAUUGUAUUUUUUUAAAUGUGUGUAUUCAGGGAAACAAGUAACUCAGAACUACCGUGGGAGUGUGAGAGGGAAACUGGUUUGGUUUUGACUUGCAGUUCCUAUGACUCCUCUUAAUCCAUAAGAAAAAGAGUGUACCUAUUGUGAUUGUUUCCUGUUUCUGAUCUGUAAUUAUGUAGGAUUCUGUGCAGAAUCUGCACACAGUCCUAGCUUUUGGGAGCAGCCAUCUUCUUCCCAGUCACCUCUGCUUCUUUCUAAAUAAUGUAAUCGGGACAUACUUCUGAUAUACCACUGAGGUGGUUGCAGUUAUUUCUCAGAGAAACCCAAUCCAUGAUGCACCUAGUGUAAGAGUGAAGUGAUGUGGGAUGAGGGAGGGAAAAAAAAAGCAAGAGAUGUCUGCUUAAAAAUUCUUGGUGUUCUGACUCAAGUCACUGUAUGCUUGCUAGCUACAAAAGGGUAGUUCUGUGUGCCUGGUAGCUAGACAAUUGUUAAAACUCCCCCAGUGAAUUACACUGGGGCCUUGCUUACAUCAUACUCUAUGCAAAUUGUGCUCCAAGCACUGUGCAUUCUGCAGAUGCAUAUUACUAGCUGUUGUAUGCACGUGCAGUUGAUCUUGGUAGAAAUGCACGGUUCUGGAUCUGCCACCAUUGAAAUAGUCUUGCUGUUCCACGUAGCUCAUCAUAUGUGCACACUAUAGUAUAGUUAAAUUCAUCUGCCGUGUAUCAGGAGGUGUAGUACAGCACAUGAACCUUGGUCAGUAGUCUGGUAAUUUUGCUGUCAGGAAUGAAGAACAUUUGUGUAUUUUAGAUUGCAGAUGUUUUGGUUAGGGUUUUAUUCUGUCUUUCCCCAUAGGUGGAUUACAGGGUUUCCUGUAUGACUAGGAAUACUACUUCAUCAAGAUUCUUUAGAAAGAAAUAGGCCCUCAUUGGAUCUUUGUUCUAGAAGGUUGUUUGGUGUUUUUUUUUCCCCUGUACUAGAGCCUUAAGGUAAACAAAUGACUGAAAAGUGAAAUAUACCAGGCUGGGGUUUUUUUUUGUUGUGGUGUUUUUAACUCAAUUGAGGCAACUUGCAGUAAGUUGACCUUGAGUCUGAAUAAUCUAUACCAUUGUCUUCAAUGCAAGAUAACAGCAGUAUCCACUGCUGCUGAUAAAUGUGAAAGGAAUUAAUGACUUGUUCACAUAAAAAUUCUAGUGAAUAUGUAACUGGAAUUAAAUUAGCAAACAGCAGAUGGGGGGAAAAGAAAGGCUUUUUCCUAAGGGAUAAAGAGAGUUGAUAGAUCUUUUUUUUUUUUAAUUUUAAGACUUUCAGUGUCUUGCCUUUGAGAGAUGGAUCUUAAUGUGGCUGGAUUGCAGGCUGAUAGCUUCUUUCAGAGAUACUCAGCAAACGCCUGCUGUGCAACCAUUGACAUAGCACUCCUGCGUGGCUGAGGUCUGCUCAACAGCAGUCACCUUCUUGUGAUUGUACUCUUCCUUAAGGCUUUGGAAAAUUAGCAUCUUUUCCUUCAGUUUUCCUGCAUUCCAACCCCUAAAGAUUGAUACCUGACUGUAUGUUGGUUUGUGUAAGUUUGUGUCUUGGUUCUGCUGUGAGUGUGACAAAACACUUGUUCUAACUCUCCGCAGGAUAGAUCUGUCCUGGGGAUGGAAACUUCUUGUUCCUAUUGUUCUAUUCUCCAUGAUUUCCAUCUUGAUGUAGCAUUUUUCCCCCGCUAUGGCUGUAGAAAGGAUGAUGAUUUUCCAGGUAGUCCUGUCAGUCCAGAUUGAGCUCAGCAUGGAACAGGAUUGUUUCUUCAAAGCUUUCGUGAGAACCUAUAAACGAGUGCAUGAACUCGGGCCACUUUUCAUUGUGUGAUGAUGUUCUGUUGCCAGAAGAACAUUCCAAUUAAGCCCUGUUUUAGAUGUGCACCGAUCCAAAAACCAUUUUUUGUUUCUCUCUUUUCUUUGAAGGCGAUAUCUAUGUAUACGUACAUAAAUACAUAUGUAUUUACUGCUUCCCAUGACAGAUAUUUAAUGUCUGAGAAGUGCUUAAAAGCCCCCCCGAUUGGUUUGUGUCCAUCACUAAACAGGCUGAUGUUUAAUUUUAAGUCUUUAUGCAUCUUUCCAGCCUGUGAAAUCUUUUGAAAAUGGUCCGAAUUAGAAAGAAACAAGAAGGUAUGUGACUCCAAUGGUAUCUCUGAUUGUGCCACUUACUCUACACUAAUUGUGAUGGAUUCUCAGGGGCUCUCUCUUGUGAAACAGCAUUUCUGAAAUUGUUUCAGAGUUGGCAGGAGAACAAUGGCCAAGAUCUGGAUUUUGGUUUAGAUUCCAUUGAGGUUGGUUCCUGUGGCCACAGUGCUGGAACGCGCGAUGUGUUUCUGAGUGUUGACCUCAGUUUUCCCACCCGCUAUGUGGCUCAUCCCCCGUCCUUCCUUACCACCACCCUCGUAACCCCACCUGGAUUAGAACAGCUGUUCCACGAGGCCUAAGGGCUGGUGAGCAGCAACAUGGAAACUCACAGCGCAGAUCCGUGCCCUUGGCCGUCUGACAAGUGGCCAUGGGGCUUUGAUUAGCACAGGGUGAGGGGGAGAAGAGGACGUCUUACAAUCAGAUCCAAAUUCAGAGCUUUCCUCUGAUGAGACACACGGCACCACGCAACCUAGGAGUGUAGAUAGAAAAACACUGCUUGGACGAUCUUUCUCAGUUAGAGGACUCUCCGUUCACAAAAUGGAGCAGGAUAGAUUGCAUUUCUUACAAUUAAUAUUAUUCAGAUAUUAUUGUACCUAUAUUGGAUUUGGGGUUAUACCACCACAGGUUUUAUGCACUUAUUUUUAUUAAGGAAUUUUAUACCUAUUAUAUAGGCAUCUAUUCUUUUGUUGUCUGGCUCAGUCUUUGAUAACCUAAUGCAGUACAUUUACUGAGGCCGGACGCCUUCAGAAACGAAACUGGCCAUUACUGGUGCCUUAGUAAAAAUGUGGGUCCAUAACACCUUGGUGGAAAGUAAAGCAUGUGGCUUGUUCACCCCAGCAUGAUGCACAUAUUUCCCAGAAGGUGAUUAAGAUGGCUGCUCCAAAAGAGUUGAGGAGUGCACGUACAUCGCUCACAGUUCACAAGCAGCUGAAUAGGAGCAGUUUUUGACUUCUGCUGUGUACAGUUUGAAUGGAGAACCCCAGCCCACGGCCCUGGACAGUGGCGACGAAUAGCUGGGUACUUCUUACUUAAAGAUUCCCCCUGAAAAAGCUUGGCCGCGAGCUGCUGAAUGGAGAGAGAGAAGAGAUGCAUGGGAGGAGGAGGGCUUGUGAUGGACGAUGACAAUAGAUAUAUAUCGCCUCUACCAGCAACCGGCUACCUUGCCAGGCAUAGGGAUAUACGUACCUGCGUGUCUGUGAGUGUGUAUGUGUCUGCGUGUGUUACUGGAAACGGCCUGUAAAUAUUGUAGCUGUUGAAAAUGGAAAAGGCGGAGAGUUUUUUUUUGCAACCUGGUGCAGCAAAAGGACAGUAUUGACAGUGGCGAAACACUGAGAAAUAAACGACUUUUUUCA